UCUCCUCAUUGACUAAGGUAGAGUCACCCUGGCUGCACUCCCCUCCUCGGAGCCUGAGAGUUGCCCGUAGCAACCUAUACAGCAGUCGUCGUGGUGCCCGGCGCGCUGACGUCAGAACCCCGCGCAAGCGCGCCUCUUGCAGUGCGGCGACGUGUGACGUAAUUUGCGGUGGUGGGUGCUCGAGCUCCGGCGGUUUGAUUCCCUCCUGCCGUUCGGUUUCCGUUGCCCGCGCAGCGCUCUAUACAGAGGUGACGGAGCGCAACUUCCUGCAGGCAGACACAGAGCGGCCGCCCCCUCCUCCACCCCGGACACACAGCGCGCAGCCCGACCCGGUCACCGCCAUGAGCGUGGAGGCGUACGGCCCGAGUUCGCAGACCCUCACCUUCCUCGACACGGAGGAGGUCGAGCUGCUCGGGGCCGACACUCAGGGCUCGGAGUUCGAGUUCACCGACUUCACGCUGCCCAGCCAGACCCAGACACAGGGCCAGACGCAGAGCCAGCUGGACGGACAGGUUAAUGGUCCAGAUGGCAUACUUCAGAAUGGUAGCGUGGAUGAUGGAGUGGGUAAAACAAGCCAGUUAUUGGGUGAGCUAAACUUUGAAGAAGAUGAAGAAGAUACCUAUUAUACAAAGGAUCUUCCGGUCCAUGCCUGCAGCUAUUGUGGGAUUCAUGACCCUGCCUGUGUUGUCUACUGCAACACCAGCAAGAAAUGGUUCUGUAAUGGACGUGGAAACACCUCUGGCAGCCAUAUUGUAAAUCAUCUAGUCAGAGCCAAGUGUAAGGAGGUAACUCUGCACAAAGACGGGCCUCUGGGAGAAACUGUAUUGGAAUGCUACAACUGUGGGUGUCGCAACGUGUUUCUCCUUGGAUUCAUACCUGCUAAGGCUGAUUCUGUGGUUGUGCUACUUUGCAGGCAACCUUGUGCUAGUCAAAGCAGUUUGAAGGAUAUCAAUUGGGACAGCUCCCAGUGGCAACCUCUGAUUCAGGACCGUUGCUUCCUCUCUUGGCUUGUUAAAAUACCGUCUGAGCAGGAGCAACUCCGCGCUCGCCAGAUCACAGCCCAGCAAAUCAAUAAACUGGAGGAACUGUGGAAGGAAAAUCCUUCUGCAACUUUAGAAGAUCUGGAAAAGCCAGGUGUUGAUGAAGAACCUCAACAUGUCCUACUUCGUUAUGAAGAUGCCUAUCAAUACCAAAAUAUCUUUGGACCUCUUGUUAAACUAGAAGCUGAUUAUGACAAGAAGCUGAAGGAAUCUCAGACUCAAGACAACAUCACAGUGCGUUGGGAUCUCGGCUUGAACAAGAAACGGAUUGCAUAUUUCACUUUGCCAAAGACAGACUCGGAUAUGCGUCUAAUGCAGGGGGAUGAAAUAUGCCUGAGAUACAAAGGGGACCUGGCACCACUGUGGAAAGGGAUUGGUCACGUGAUCAAAGUUCCAGAUAAUUAUGGUGAUGAAAUUGCCAUUGAAUUAAGAAGUAGUGUUGGUGCACCAGUGGAGGUCACUCAUAACUUCCAAGUGGAUUUUGUGUGGAAGUCUACUUCAUUUGACAGAAUGCAGAGCGCCUUGAAGACUUUUGCCGUAGAUGAAACAUCUGUUUCUGGCUACAUCUACCAUAAACUCCUGGGACAUGAAGUUGAAGAUGUGAUUAUCAAAUGCCAACUUCCAAAAAGGUUUACAGCCCAAGGACUUCCUGAUCUUAACCAUUCACAGGUUUAUGCUGUGAAGACUGUUCUGCAGCGUCCACUCAGUCUUAUACAGGGCCCCCCUGGAACUGGAAAAACUGUAACUUCUGCUACCAUUGUGUACCAUCUGGCUAGACAAGGAAAUGGACCAGUCUUGGUUUGCGCCCCUAGCAACAUUGCAGUGGAUCAGCUAACUGAGAAAAUCCACCAGACUGGCCUCAAAGUCGUCCGUUUAUGUGCAAAAAGCCGUGAAGCUAUUGACUCACCUGUGUCCUUCCUUGCUUUGCACAACCAGAUUCGCAAUAUGGAGAGUAUGCCCGAGCUUCAGAAGUUACAGCAGUUGAAAGAUGAAACUGGAGAGCUUUCUUCGGCUGAUGAGAAACGCUAUCGCGCCCUGAAGAGAACUGCUGAAAGGGAACUUCUUAUGAAUGCUGAUGUGAUCUGCUGUACAUGUGUUGGAGCCGGGGAUCCCAGGCUUGCAAAAAUGCAAUUUCGUUCAAUCCUCAUUGAUGAAAGUACUCAAGCUACUGAGCCUGAAUGUAUGGUGCCGGUUGUUCUUGGAGCAAAACAGCUCAUUUUAGUGGGUGAUCACUGCCAGCUUGGUCCAGUUGUUAUGUGUAAAAAAGCAGCAAAAGCAGGAUUGUCCCAAUCUCUGUUUGAGAGACUUGUGGUUCUUGGAAUUCGACCCAUUCGUCUGCAGGUCCAGUACAGAAUGCAUCCUGCACUUAGUGCAUUUCCAUCCAACAUAUUUUAUGAAGGCUCACUUCAAAAUGGUGUUACUGCAGCUGACCGUGUGAAGAAAGGAUUUGAUUUCCAAUGGCCACAGCCAGACAAACCAAUGUUCUUUUAUGUGACUCAGGGGCAAGAAGAAAUUGCCAGCUCAGGCACCUCUUACCUGAACAGAACUGAAGCUGCUAAUGUAGAGAAGAUCACUACAAAGCUUCUCAAGGCAGGUGCUAAACCAGAUCAGAUCGGUAUAAUUACUCCAUAUGAAGGACAGCGCUCAUACCUGGUUCAAUACAUGCAGUUUAGUGGUUCAUUACACACCAAGCUCUACCAGGAAGUGGAAAUUGCUAGUGUGGAUGCAUUUCAGGGAAGAGAGAAAGACUUUAUAAUUCUUUCCUGUGUCAGGGCCAAUGAGCAUCAAGGAAUUGGGUUCUUAAAUGAUCCUCGUCGUCUUAAUGUGGCUUUGACUAGAGCACGGUACGGAGUAAUUAUUGUGGGAAACCCAAAAGCUCUCUCUAAGCAACCCCUGUGGAACCAUCUGCUGAACUAUUACAAGGAGCAAAAAGUUCUUGUCGAAGGACCACUGAACAACCUCCGAGAAAGCCUCAUGCAAUUCAGCAAGCCACGCAAACUCGUCAAUACCAUUAAUCCAGGUGCCCGUUUCAUGACGACUGCUAUGUACGAUGCUCGUGAAGCUAUCAUUCCUGGUUCAGUUUAUGAUCGAAGCAGUCAAGGACGACCCUCCAAUAUGUACUUUCAGACCCAUGACCAAAUUGGAAUGAUCAGCUCUGGGCCUAGUCAUGUCACUGCCAUGAACAUUCCCAUACCAUUCAAUCUGGUCAUGCCUCCAAUGCCACCACCUGGCUAUUUUGGACAAGCCAAUGGACCAGCGGCAGGUCGCGGGAUGACAAAAGGAAAAGCAACUCGUGGUGGGCGCCAGAAACAGCGUGGAAUUGGACUUCAAGGCAUGAGCCAAGGAAACAUGCCAAAUAGUCAGGCAAGCCAAGAUGUUGUGUCCCAGCCAUUUUCUCAAGGCCCUCUUACCCAGGGUUAUAUAUCCAUGAGCCAACCAUCACAGAUGAGCCAGCCUGGUCUUUCUCAACCAGAAUUAUCACAGGAUAGCUACCUUGGUGAUGAAUUUAAAUCUCAGAUCGAUGUUGCAUUAUCGCAAGAUUCAACUUACCAGGGAGAGCGUGCAUAUCAACAUGGAGGCGUGACUGGGCUGUCACAGUACUAGCGUGUUGAAGACGAGCUAAGCCUGUGUGGAACUUAGUUCAUCCACAUUUUAUUCUGAGUAAUAAAAAAAUAAAACGGAUACCUGUUUUCCACUGCUAAAACUGAAGCACCACUGUGAGAGCAACAGGAGAGAGAGGAACGAGAGAGGAAUAAAAAAAAUCAAAAAUAUCGAGAGAGAAAAAAGCGAGUGAGACCACUGCAAGCACACUGAGACGAGGAGAACGACAGGAGAAGAAGAUGUACAUCAGUGGAGCCACAUCCGCCUAAAGAUGGGAUAGGUAGUACAUGGGGGGACCAUUACCAUUGUUAUCCUAGUAAAUUUGAAUGGCCAGCCAAGCCAAUGUCCCUACCAUAGCUUGGGCAAGUGCUGGUGAAAAGACCUUUAACAUUUUUCCAUUUAGCUCAAAUGAGGUACAUGGGUACCAUUUUAUUAUAGCUGGAGAAAAACAAUUCCUUAUCUCAGAGUUGUUGUUUGUUUCUAUAAGGACUCUAGAAAAACAGGGUCACGUUUUUUCAUUUUAAACCAAAACGUUUGCUACUCCUAAAUGAACCACCAUGUUAUUGGAGAACUCAACUUCGAGAUGUAGGGUUGAUUUUCAGACUGGCUUGGAGAAAUAGGUGGUCAUUAUCAUGUCUCUUCCUACAGGCUCUGUCACUAAUGAAUGGUUUAAAGAAAUUAUUUCUAGAUACAAGAAAGUGCUGGGGUUUUCCUUAGUUUUGUAUCUGAUUGCGGUGGACCUUAAAGUACUGCAAAACUUUGUGGGUUUUUUUAGUAAAAAAAAAAAUUCCACCACGAACAGGGACUUUCAGCGUUAAGAUGCAGCAAAUGCCUCUCUUUCCUAAAGCAGUGUAGCAGAGCAAUGGAGUAUACACACUCCCUUAAGGAGAGGGGUUUUUUUUCAGUGUUUUUCUGUAUGCUUUGAUUGGCUACUGUCUGGACUCUACUCCACAAAAUAAACGAAUCUUUGUUUAGGUGAAUUUUAUGCUUAAAAAGGGACGGGUUUCCUGAGCCCUUCGGCCCCCACCCAUCACGGAAAGAAAGCCAGGCUAGCCUGCUAAGAACUCCCCUCCCAGAAAUGGAUGUAGUAGUGGAAAUUGGGGAUUAUAUAGGUUUGAAAGUCAAGUUUUUCGCAAUAGUUUUUGAAACUGGUUGACAAGCAGACUAGAAGGCAGGCAAUGUGGAAGGUGGCCUAUUGUCAUUGUGUAUCGCUGGAAACAUGCUUGGUGCUUUUGGAGAGGGGCUGACUGGACGUGGCCUUUUAGACCAUUGUAUGCCAGAAAUGGACUCAAAACUACAGCUCAAGCUCCCAUGUUAAGAUUGUUUUGUCAAAGAGACGUUUACUAGAUCAAUAAAAUCUGAUUUCUAAAAUAUUUCCAGUUAAUAUAUAGUAAUCAAAUGCAUUAUCUUCACUCUUAGACUCUUUAGCUUCUUGUAAUAUUGUAAUAUUUCUAAUUACCCAUCUUAGGUCAUUUGAAAUAGUUACAGUUAUACAUGCUGUUGUAGUGCAGCAAUGUUUUGAAAUUUAAUUUAGCCAGCUGCAUCGGUAAAAAAAAAUUGUAAUCGUAAUAAAUUUGUUUUCCCCAGGAAGUAUUUUUUAGUGUUCCUCCCCUAUAGCAUUUUGUUCAGCUACUAUGUACUGCUCAGUUUCUAGGUUGAAUUGAUUAUAUUCAAAUUGUCUUGUAUAUUUAAGAAUGAAAAAGAAUCAUAGCAGUGACAUCUGCAAUUGUUUAUUUCAUGUAUAUAUACAUACAUACAUAUAUAUAUAUAUAUACAUAUAUAUCUAUCCAGAAACCUGCAGUCAUCUAAAGAAACAGAAACAUCUUGUAUAGCUGCUGAUAAUCAGGUUUUAUGCACAUGCUGUGCAUUCAAUAGAUAAGGCUCUGGUCACCUUCCUUCCUGCAAGAUGGACUUUUAUUUAUUAACAUUGCUGAAGGGCUCUUUUAAAAAAUUUUUUUUUUUUUUUUUUUUUUUUUUUGUCCAUUGUCCACGCCUCCCUUACCUUUUCUGUAACCCCACCUUCUGAGUAAAUGCAUAGUUAGUAUAAUAUUACUGUGUAUAAUCCUUUUUGUGCAAUGCUGAUCAACAAGUAGCAUAAACUCCUCCCUUCUAUGUCACUGGCUGGAAUGCUUCUGCUAGCAAUGUUUUUUUUCUUGUUUAUUUGUAGCAGCUUAUUGAGUUUUAACAACACAUGAACAUUUGUGCUCGCACAAUGUCUUUUUUUUCUUUGUUUUUCCUUCUUUUUUGAUUUGUCUAAACUUGUUUUAAAUCUGUUCAUUAUGAAUUAAAUGAUUAAUAAACAGCCUUUCAAUUGUG